UGUGUUUGUGAUGAAACGGCAUCAUGGCGGAGCCCACUGUCCGCUUGCCCGGGAUCGUUUUAGCUUCCCUCAUGUUUCAGCACGUUAACAGUGACUCCGAUGUGGAGGGGUUGAUCCUCGGAGAGAGCAGGUUUGACGAGCAGGUCACCAUCAGCGACUCUCAGGCCGAUCACAUCCACAUCGAGGAAACAUACAACGUCCAGAAGCACAUCGCCUGCCACAGACUGAACACUCUGUACAGCAGGGAUGGACAGGUGAACGCGGAGGAGCUACACAAGCUGCUGGCAGAGAACAAGCAGGAGAGCGUGAUCGGCUGGUACCGGCAGCGCAGGAACUCGGAGCAGCAGAUGACCUUCAGAGAGAAGCUGGUGCACGAGAACCUGAAGAGCGCUCUCUCCAACCCUCACAUGAUCUUUGUGCUGCUGACUCCCACCAAGACGACACCGCCAGGCUCCACGCACAGGAUGGAGUACUCGGCCUUCAUCUCCCGCAGCAGGCACUUCAUGAACGUCCCCGUGCUCAUCACCAACCUCGGCCUCCUCGAGCAGCUUUCUUACUGGAAGGUGUCGGCGCCGUGCUCUGCAGCCGGUUACAGCCUCACAAUGAAGAAACACGGGUCAAAGUUCUUCUGCUCCAGCGGGCUGCUGAAGGAGGUGAACGAAGUGAAUAAGAUGAACGACUCGCUGCAGGUGGAGCUGCAGAAAACGUGCAGAGACGUGGAGGAGAGCGAACGCCUGGUCGAAAUGCUGCAGACGGAGGUGUCAGCCCUGAGGACGAAGCUCAGAGAGAGACAGCAGAGCGAAUCAGGAAAAGAAAGCGCCGCCGACCCCGGCGAGCCAAGGAAAAACCGGCUGCUUCAGGAGGCCGUCAGGGCGCUGCUCGCCUCCUCGCCGCUCUUCCACACUCAGACGCUCACGCUGCAGGGACUUCCUGUUCCUGACCACACAGAUGACAUUUCCACGACAGCAAGGGAGGCGCCGCCGCCGAGCGCAACAAACUGCCGUAAAAGGUUGAGGGAAAUGCUGCCAGAGAAGGAGAGGAAACGCAGGAGGAGCAAGAGCUGAGUCCAGGACGUAUCCAAGUUCUGUCGGAUGUUUUUGGAACCGGUCUGUUUAAAAGAACUGUUAUUGAUAAAGUUUGUUUCAAAAAAGGACAGCAGAGGUUCUUUUUACCUGAGCAGGUGUAAAGUUCAGACUCUUCACGCUCAGAUGGAGGACUGGUUUGAUUUAGACUUCCAGCUGUGACACUUUGGUGUUUGUUCCAGAUGUUCGGUUUUAGAGUCAUCGGGUUUUUACCUUUUCUUUGGUUUCAAAGUUUUUGCCUGACCUUCAGUUGAUCUCGCGCUCACAAAGAAACUGUUUCACACUGCGUUUUAUUUUUCACUGUAAAGGAUGAAGCGUGCGUUCCAUUAAAGGUCUGACCGUGUGCGGUCAUUCGAGUUUAUCUUCAGACUGCAGCAGAAAUCAUAAAGCUCUGAAUUACA